GAAGUUGAAGCAUGAUGUCUCCUAAACGUGUAUUUCCGGAAAAAGCCAGCUUCUCUUUGCACUGGUCUUCACAACUCGAUACCUGGAUCUUUUUACUUCAUUCAUUUCACUAUAUAACACAUCUAUGAAGGUCAUCUACAUUGCCUGCUCCUACGCCACAGUGUACCUGAUCUACAUGAAGUUUAAGGCAACUUACGACGGAAACCAUGAUACCUUCCGAGUGGAGUUUCUGGUGGUCCCUGUGGGAGGACUCUCGUUUCUAGUCAAUCAUGAUUUCUCUCCUCUUGAGAUUCUGUGGACCUUCUCCAUCUACCUGGAGUCCGUGGCCAUCCUUCCGCAGCUCUUCAUGAUCAGCAAGACCGGGGAGGCGGAGACCAUCACCACCCACUACCUGUUCUUCCUGGGCCUCUACCGGGCGCUCUAUCUCGUCAACUGGAUCUGGCGCUUCUACUUUGAGGGCUUCUUUGACCUCAUCGCUGUGGUGGCCGGCGUUGUCCAGACCAUCCUCUACUGCGACUUCUUCUACUUGUACAUCACAAAAGUGCUCAAGGGAAAGAAGCUCAGUCUGCCAGCGUAAGUGCCACAGACCAUCACCAGCACCUGUGCUUCAGGGGCGGACAGAAUCCUUACCACAGCAAAGGCACAAGAUGCUCGCACGGAAAAUCAGAAACUUCACUCUCGUUGCAGAUAGUCAUCAGUGGCUCUGGAAGAACCAGAAGGUUUCUGUUUAAUGCAUCUUGCCUUAUCUUUUUUUAUUACUCUGUACAAAGAUUUUUUUACACAAAGAAACUUAAUGCUGUAUUAAUAAAUUCAGUGUGUAGCUUCUAUUGGGGUAGUUCCAAAAGUGAAGAUUUUGUGAGAAAUAGUGCAAACUUUUUUUAAAAAAUUCUUUGAAACUUUUGAUUCUUUGUGUCUGCAAUGAAAUCGUACUCCUUGACAGUUGGUAGAUUAUAUAUUCUUUUCAUCUAUCAAACUUGCAUUCCACUAUAUUUAUUUUUUGCCAAAAGAUGAGUCAUAUUUGUUUGAAAUCUGAGACACUAUGUUCAAUUUGGUGUAUCUGUUCAAAUUUCUUCCACCGGAUAUGAAAACCCUCCCUUGGACAUCACAACACUACAUUUAAGGCUGGUAAGGAUGACAUGCAAGUCUAUGGUUUUCAUCACCACAGAUGUUAAGAUUCUGAAUGUGGACGGAGUCUCAUUUGAGAGUCACCAAAGGUGCCUGCUCCCCUCCCCUGCUAAGAAGUGUCGGUUUGAGACUGUCCCUGGGUGUCGAAGGACUCGGUGGGCAGGGGUUCUGGGCUACCAUCUGAGUGCAGGAUGCGAGGGACAUUGCUGAUGAUUUUGGAUCUAUGACUUGACUCCUCUGAGGACUAGAACACAAGGAGUCUCCUAUCACUUUAGUUUACAGUCCGCAAGAUUGCUGCAACCAUGUCCAUGCUCAGAUUCCAACUUCUUCAAAUCACUUUGGGUAGUAAAAUUAUUGACAUAUUUUUAAAUUGGCAGCACCAAUUACCAUUCCUUAUAUUAAGUUUUUGUUUUUACUGAGCUCCUGCAUGAUUUAUCUUGUGUUACCACCUUAAUAAACAUUUUAUUAAACAUAGAAUAAAUUGUCUCUUUUUCAUGAAUUAGGCUUUUGGAACAUCCUGUGUCAGGAUUAUUUUUUGUUUUUCAUUUGGCAACUAAAGCUCUAUACAGGGCUGCAAACAUUUAUUGUCCACUUAAUCUGAAACUUUCUGUAUUUUGUGGAAAAAUUGGACUUUUCAUCCUGAUUUUGCCAGUAGGUUGAUUGCUAUGUUUCUUUUUGAUUUAUGCAAAAGCAUAUGAAUGCCCCAUGACUGUUAAAGUACUGAAUACUAACAGUACUUACUACAAGAGUGUCACAGGUUUGCUGCAUUACAAUACCUUGUGGAGGAAGGGAGCUGGGUGGGUUUUGUUUUUAUAUGGUGUGUCUCUUAGCAGCUUUCUCAGUUGUCUGUGACCACAUAGUUUAACCUCCUGUCUUUACCUCUCAUUUCGCUUCCCCCCUGCCUCAUGGUUUUGCCUUUGUGUAUCAGUAUCUCUUUCCAGCAUCCUCGUCUGGAUUUAGUUUCUGUUUUCAUCCUCCUCAGAAGAUUCUGGAGGAAGGGGAGGAAAUUCUGUCAUUAGUGGAGCUGUUUGCUGCCUGACUGGGGACAGGUGGGGAUCUCGAAGGCUUUCGUGCAUGUAACCCAGACUCCAGGGGGGGCUUGACCACGGACAGCACAGCACUCAGACCUUGGCCUAGGACCCCAGCACGCCGCCUGAUUGAUGAAGUACCUGCAUUCUCUGGCCACUGCCCAAGUAAAAAUAAAGCCGGCUGAGAUGUGACCACCAUGUUGUGCCAACCAGAAUGACACCUUAAUAAACAGGCUGCCUGCGUGGGAGUGCAGGACUCGGGCAGCGCCCGCACACGGCAGAACAAAAGCCUGGGGUGCCUCGCGGUUUGAAGCACUGUUUCAGGGUAACUCACUUCCUGAAUAAAUGUGGGCAGGUAACUAA